CGGUCUUGGCUACGCCUGUCACGCCUGUUAUCCAUGAUCCUCUGGGAUGGCUUUCUGACGCUCCCUCUCCUUUCUCUCCCGCCCCCAGCACCCCAUACCAGAGACCAAAAUUGGACCUAAUGCCGGAACCAAGCAAGGCUCCGAGUCGGAAUAGGGCACGCAUACUUCCCCCAUUUAAGAAGGAAUAAGAUGUUGUUACUGCCAUGUCUUUUUUCUCUUUAACGAUGUUGCUCUCCGCGUUCGCCACCACUCUUGUCCUCAUCCCGUUCGCCUCAGCGGGUGUCCACAAAUUAAAGCCCAACAAACUUCCACAAGUCUCGCCUGGGCAUGUGCUUGAGGCUUAUCUAGCCAAGAAGUACGGUGCACAGACUCAACAACUCCCUUUGAUGGGUGUUGGUGGCGCUGGACGUAACUUUCGUGCACCAAUCGAGGAAGCGGAGUCCAUUAACGGUGGCCACAGUGUCCCCCUCACUCACUUCAUGAAUGCUCAAUAUUAUACUGAGAUCGAGCUCGGUACCCCACCUCAAUCAUUCAAGGUUAUCCUCGACACUGGGUCAAGUAACCUCUGGGUCCCCAGCUCCGAGUGCACAUCUGUCGCGUGCGAAUCUCACGCUAAGUACGACUCCAAUGCUUCCUCCACCUACAAGGCGAAUGGCUCUGAGUUCUCCAUCCAAUACGGCAGUGGCUCCAUGGAUGGUUACAUGUCCUAAGACGUCCUCCGCAUCGGAGACCUCUCUGUCCGGAGCUAGGACUUUGCAGAGGCCACCAAAGAGCCCGGCCUCGCUUUUGUUCACGGCAAGUUCGAUGGUAUCCUCGGCCUUGCCUACAAUACCAUCUCCGUCAACCACAUCAUUCCUCCCUUCUACAA